UUGCGGGAUGGGCAGAGGUGUGCGAAGCAGUGCGCGGCUGAGUGGCGGUGGGUCUGGUGGGUCCGGCUCCAGCGGGUGUGGUGGGGCGCGCGCGCGGCGCAGGGGCGCGCGGCCGCGGCCCGCAGCUCGGCCGCCGCCGCCGCCGCGCGUGCCGCCGCUGCCGAGCGCCGAGCGCGCGCCGCCGAGCGGGCCCGCGAGGUCGAGGACAGCCCGCAGGUGCUGCGCGAGAAGUGCCGUCAGCUUGCGCGCGCCGUGCGCGAUGCCAAGCACUUAGUGGUGUACACAGGGGCGGGUAUAAGUACUGCUGCAGAUAUUCCUGACUACCGUGGCCCUCAUGGCGUCUGGACACGUCUGCAACGCGGCGAAACUGUCGGGCGCGUGGAGGUGUCGCAUGCGCGGCCGACGCUGACGCACAUGGCGCUGUCGGCGCUGUGGGCGCGCGGCGCGCUCAAGUUCGUGGUAUCGCAGAACUGCGACGGGCUGCACGUACGCGCCGGCCUGCCGCGCCGCGCGCUGGCCGAACUGCAUGGCGACAUGUUCUGCGAGCGCUGCGCGCGCUGCGGCCGCGUGCUGAUGCGCGCCUUCGACACCACCGAGCGCACGCGGCGCCACGCGCACGCCACGCGCCGCCUGUGCCCCGCCUGCGGCCACGAGCUGCGCGACUCCAUCGUGCACUUCGGCGAGCGCGGCCGCGCCGCCUGGCCGCUCAACUGGGCUGGCGCGCUGCGUCACGCGGCCGCCGCGGAUGUCGUGCUGUGCCUCGGCUCCAGCCUUAAGGUGCUGCGGCGUUACCCGCACCUGUGGCAGAUGCAGCGCGCGCCGCACGCGCGGCCGGCGCUGUACAUCGUGAACCUGCAGUGGACGCCCAAGGACGCGGCGGCCGCGCUCAAGAUCAACGCGCGCUGCGACGCGGUGAUGGCGGCCGUGGCGCGGCGCCUGCGCCUGCGCGUGCCGCGCUACGCCGCGCGCCGCGACCCGCUGCUGGCGCACGCCGUGCCGCUGGCGCCCGCCGAGCGCCACACCGCGCGCGCGCCGUCGCUGCCGCCGCCCGACCUCUCCGACUCGGACGACGAGCGCUGCUACUCGCUGGGCGAGCCGUCCGCCUCCUCCGCCUCGUCCGACUCCGACCCGGACCCGGACGACGAGCUGCCGCUGCGCCGCCUCGCGGACCGCCUUCGUGCGCCCCCGCCCCCACCCCCAUCGCCGCCCGACAUGCCCAACCAUUUCAAGGCCUUCCAGGUGAGACAGGUUUAA